AACGGACCGAUCCACUAGCACGAGAUUUGACAAGCGUUCUUUCCCUAGUCUGCACCACGGCAAAGCAGCUCGGUAGAUACUCGGAUAAGUGGUCCCUUCCUUUCCAAAUUUCGAAUGUAUCAUUGUCUACAUCAUCGUGAAUAUUUUCUUGUCGCUUGACUGUCAAUUACAAUCGCAGCUUCCAUAGGCAUUCCUCUCCAAUAUGCCAUACUUGAGCUCACAGCCAAAGAUCCUCAUCGCAGGCGCUGGGAUUGGCGGCCUCACGGCUGCGCUCUCGCUCCAUGCAGCAGGUUUCACUGACAUCCAACUCUUCGAAGCAUCAUCAACGCUGACGACACUCGGUGUUGGUAUCAACGUGCAACCUUCAGCUGUUCUCAUUCUGCGAAAUCUCGGCCUGCUGGAGGCUCUGGAGAAGACUGGAAUUCAAACGGCAGAGCUGAAUUUCUACAACCGACAUGGCGAUUCUAUCCUCAGUGAACCCCGUGGAAAACACGCUGGCUACGCUGUACCUCAGUUCUCGAUCCACAGAGGCGAAUUCCAGAUGCUGCUGCUUAGUGCUGUGAAAGAACGUCUCGGCGAGGAGUCGGUGCAUCUCAACCACGCCUUGACUGGCUUCGAGCAGACCGAAAAGAGCAUUACAGCGCGAUUUUCACAGCGACGAGAUAAUGCAUCCGCCGAGCUAUCUGGCAUCUCUGGUGACAUAUUGAUCGCAGCUGACGGGAUCAACUCGACCGCACGACGUAUUCUGUACCCCAACGAGGGUCCACCAAAGUUUUCGGGCCGUAUGCUGUGGCGCGGAUGUCUGAAACGCGAGCCGUAUUUGACUGGCGCAAGUAUGGUAUGGGCUGGCCAUGCGGAUCAAAAGUUCAUCGCGUACCCUAUCUCACAACGUUCAGCAGACGAGGGCAAGAGUCUCGUGAACUGGAUUGCGGAAUUGCGCAUCCGAGGAAAAGACGACGAGGACCUUACUCCGCCAAAGACUGAUUGGACAAAGGCCGUCGACAAAAGCGUGUUUGAAGGACCGUUCGAGAGUUGGAAGUGCGGUGGUCUCGAGAUGAAGGACUUGAUUGAUAAGACAGAGAAGGUGUUUGAGUUUCCUAUGUCUGAUCGUGACCCGGUUGAGAAAUGGUCGUUUGGCAGGCUGACAUUGUUGGGCGACGCGGCACACGCCAUGUACCCCAUUGGAUCGAACGGCGCGUCACAAGCCAUCAUUGAUGCAGAAACGUUAGCGAAGCAUCUCGAAACCCGAACAUCGGAUGUUGUGGCGGCGCUCAAAGCGUAUGAACUCGAGCGACUACCUCCCACAGCGAAGAUUGUCAUGGCAAACCGUGCGAACGGACCAGACCACGUCUUGCAGAUGGCUGAAGAAAGAGCACCAGACGGAUUCAAGAACAUCUACGACGUUAUUCCAAAGGAUGAGUUGGAAUCGAUUGGGACCGCGUAUAAAAAGGUUGCUGGAUUCGAGAUGGAGAGCGUCAAUGUCAAGGCAAAGGAAACUGAUGGGGAAAGCGAAAGACUGCAGCUCAAAAGCCCCAAGGAUUGGAUUUAAAUGCCGGAAUAGAGUUUUGUUCAGGCAUGAGUACAGGAGGGAUAUCCCUCCGACUGAUAGCUCGCAGGUAUCCAUUGGGAGCUUGGCCGGUCCUGAACAGCUGCACUACUCUCCCAGAGCUUCUAAAUCGCUGAAAGCAUACCGUGC